AUGGGCAGAGCACCUUGUUGUUCUAAGGUUGGUUUGCAUAGAGGUUCAUGGACUGCCAGAGAAGACACAUUGCUGACCAAGUAUAUUCAGGCUCAUGGUGAAGGCCACUGGAGAUCUCUCCCCAAGAAAGCUGGUCUUUUGAGAUGUGGGAAGAGUUGCAGGCUGAGAUGGAUGAAUUAUCUAAGGCCGGAUAUCAAAAGAGGAAACAUCACGCCGGACGAAGACGACCUAAUUAUCAGACUGCAUUCACUUUUGGGAAAUCGGUGGUCUCUCAUCGCAGGUAGGCUUCCAGGUCGAACCGAUAAUGAGAUCAAGAACUACUGGAACACCCAUCUGAGUAAGAAGCUAAGAAGUCAAGGAACAGACCCCAAUACCCACAAGAAAAUGACAGAGCCUCCUGAGCCCAAGAGGAGGAAGAACACAAGAACAAGAACCAACAAUGGCGGAGGCAGCAAGAGGGUCAAGAUCAGCAAGGACGAAGAAAAUUCCAAUCACAAAGUCCAUCUCCCCAAACCGGUUAGAGUCACCUCCUUAAUCUCCAUGUCGAGGAACAACAGCUUUGAAUCUAAUACAGUCAGCGGGGGCUCGGGCUCGAGUUCAGGAGGAAAUGGAGAAUCGCUUCCAUGGCCUAGUUUCAGAGACAUCCGGGACGACAAGGUUAUUGGGGUUGACGGGGUUGACUUCUUCAUCGGAGAUGAUCAAGGUCAAGACCUGGUCGCCAGCUCCGAUCCAGAAUCACAAUCCCACAUGCCACCAACUGACAACUCUCUGGACAAACUGUAUGAAGAGUAUCUGCAACUGCUUGAGCGAGAAGACACUCAAGUUCAGCUUGACUCCUUCGCCGAAUCACUACUCAUUUAA